UCUAUCAAGUUAUAACACUGAAUGUUCCAGCUCGCAAACUAUUUUCUGUACGCCUUAAUGGCCUGCGGUCUUCAUGGAGUCCAUGCAAAUGAUGUGUGUCCUCGAAUGUCAACGCAUAAGGAAGUGUGUCUUGUCGAACUAGCGCCAGUGCUUAAUUACAUUUCCAACAACCAUAAGAACCACUGGAACUCUGCUAGCGCAGUCCAAGUAAAUGAAACCCGGAAACAACUGGCUAAGAUUGAAGGUCAGGAGAAAGAAAUAAACGAUAAAUUAAAAGUAAUUAAGGGAAAUAUGGAUAGCGAAUUUAAUGCUCUAAGAGCGAAGAUAAAGAAUAUGAAAAAUAUUGAAAGUGAUUUGGCAGGUUUGGAGUUACAAUUGCAAGAGACGAAGAUAGCCCUAAACCUUUCUGUGGAAGCCAAAAAAGUGAUGCCGAAUAGCGAAAUUCCUGCCAAGUUUCAGAAGAUUGGCUGGAGGCAUUUUUUCAUCGAGAAGAAACACAAAGUGGAUUGGUUUAAAGCGACGAGCCAGUGCCAUGAUAUGGGUGGUCACCUGGCGACAAUCCAGAGCGAGGAGGAGUUAGAUGCUAUCCGUACAGAACUUGAGGUCAUCCCUGAGGAAAGCCGUGACUUCUGGCUGGACAUCAACGACAUUGCCAAAUGGGGCGAAUUCGUUUCUUUAGCAACUGGAAGGAAUCCGCCCUUCUUUAAAUGGCAUAAACUUAGGCCUCAGGUGCAAAUUCAUCAGCGCUGUGUUCACUUACACGGCGGACAAAUGAUGGAUGGGAAGUGCAGCGAAAAAUUUUUUUUUAUUUGCCAACUUGCACUAAAUUAAUAGAUUAUGCUAUUGCUGUACACCAUGUGAUUAAUUACUCCGGAUUUCCUAUAAGCGAGAUGAUCUCUUACUCUUAUAUGGUGUGUAGUAAAAUAAAAUAUAUGAGAAAUACGAUCG